CACAGUCAGUCGAAAACGUGUCGCGGCUCUCGAACGUAAUUCAAAAUAUAUUGCGCAUUGAUCUACAUGAAAAUUUGAAGGGGUGACUCGGAUUGGUUCUGAUCUAUCACCGAUUGUGUGCUUCUUACUGUUUGUCGCAAUUGAACUGUGUGAAUGAGUGCGGUUUUUUCCCAUUCCAUCCAUCGCUAUGAAUGUGGAGUUUGCGCUGCUGAUCAGUCUGGCACUGAUUUCCCUCAAAUCGGUGGCUCUUGCGAGCGACAUCUGCGAGAGCCACGAGAUCUGCAUUAGCAAGAAAAGGUGCGAUGAGACCGAUGACUCCGGUAAGGAAGUACUGGUCAAGCGAAUACUGGACAAAAGCUGCGGCCGCGGCCUAGUUUGUUGCGAUAAGGAGCAGGUGGAGAGCUUUGACGCCCAUGAGGCCGAAAUCGAGUACCGCAAUCAGCAACGGGAAAAUCCCUGGGGCUCUUCGGAAAGCCCCCUGGAGGCCGCGGCCGCAGCGAAGGAGAAGCCAGUGGUCGCCAAGGAGACCGAUGAGGGCUACAAAAGCUGUGGGGUUCGGCGGGAAUGUGUGCCCCGCCACCUCUGCACCACCGGAGUGGUCAACGAGGAUGGUCGCUACAUCAUCAAGCCGCGUAUAAAUGACAACAGCAACUUUGGCUGCCGAUCCGUGGAGGAGUGCUGUCCCGUAGCCGAUCAGAUAGAGGAGGGUCAGAAUCCCAUGCAGCGCAACGUGAAGGACUUCCGCUCAGAGGGCUGCGGCUACAGCAAUCCCAACGGGCUGUACUACCAGCUGGAUGGGUACAACAAUGGGGAGUCUGUCUUCGCCGAGUUCCCCUGGAUGGUGGUCCUCCUGGACAUGGAGGGCAAGUACAUCUGCGGCGGCGCCCUAAUCCACCCGCAGCUGGUGCUGACCAGUGCCCACAACGUGGCCAACCACAGUGAGGACACGAUGGUGGUGCGGGCAGGUGAGUGGGACCUCAAUAGCCAGGCCGAGCUGCUUCCCCAUCAGAUGCGUCCUAUUAGCGAGAUACACCGCCACGAGGAUUUCUCCAGUCAGACCGUUUACAACGACAUAGCGUUGGUGGUGCUGGAGCAACCAUUUCACCUGGCCCCGCACAUCCAGCCCAUCUGCCUGUCGCAGGCGGAGACGCCUCGACUGGAGGAGGAAUUGCGGAAUGCCCACUGCGUGGCCACCGGGUGGGGGCACAAGACCUUCACGUCCCUCACAAUGGAACAUCUGCUGAAACGCAUCGAACUUCCGGUGGUGGAGCACGGAUCCUGCCAGCGAUUGUUGCGCCGGACGAUCCUCGGGCGUCGCUAUAAACUCCAUGCCAGUUUCCUUUGUGCCGGUGGGGAGAAGGGCAAGGACACCUGCAACUACGAUGGGGGAUCUCCAUUGUUUUGCACAUUGCCCGGCCAAAGGGAUCGCUAUCAGCUGGUGGGCAUCGUAUCCUGGGGCAUCCAAUGCGGCGAAAAGGAUGUGCCCGGGGUCUACACGAAUGUGCCCUACCUGAGGAACUGGAUCGAUCGGAAGGUGGUUAAGAGCGGGUUCCCAUUAAGUGCGCUUGGUUAACUAACUAGUAAGCUUUAAACAAAAUCUCAAAUAAAAUUAAUCUAAAGUAAUAA